CCCUGCCCUGUUCGUCGUGGGUUCGCAGCUCCGCGCUCGCUAUAUAAAGGAGGCUGACCGCGAAGACGGGACGGCUGGACGGCGCAGCCCUGGGGACUCGGGAGGUCGUCUGUUGCGUUAUAGGCGAACCGGGUUGUCGGUUGCUUUGAAACGAUACGUUUUUGUAGUUAGUGUGCAGCGCUUUUGUUUUCAGUCGACUUAGUUUCUUUUGUUUCGUUUUUUGUUUUUCACCUCACUCGGCGGCUCGGCUAAUGGCGAGCUCUGCUAACUCGCACCCUUUGCCUAAGCUGUAUAAAUCUGUGAUAGAGGAUGUGAUCAAUGAUGUGCGCGAGCUCUUCCUAGAUGAAGGGGUGGAUGAGCAAGUCCUCGUGGAAUUACGAACACUUUGGGAGAGCAAGCUGUUGCAAUCCAAAGCCGUGGAGGGCUUCCACAACGAUGAGCAUCAGCAGGUCCUGCAGGCCCAGCGAGAGCCAGUCCAGGUCCAGCAACCACCGCAGCAGAAUCAGAACCAGCAAGUCAUCCCUCCUGCGACCCAGCAAGCAGUCCCACAGCAACAAGUGAUUGUACAAGAUUCCAAAAUUUUGCAACACGUGAAUGCUUCAGGAAUGAGUGCAGCUGCUACUGCUGCCACUUUGGCCUUGCCCACAGGGGUGGGACCUUACCAGCAGCUGGUCACCAGUCAGGGCCAAGUUCUGCAGCUGAUGAGAGUCCCAAAUGGGACUCAGUACAUCAUCCAGCCACAGCAGCAUGUUGUUCUUCAGCAACAGGUCUUGUCCCAAAUGCAACCUGGUGGUGUGCAGGGCCCGGUCAUACAGCAGGUUUUGGCUCCUCUACCUGGGGGCAUCCCCCAGCAAACUGGGGUCAUUAUUCAACCUCAGCAGAUUGUUAUAUCUGGAAACAAGGUCCCACCCAAUACACAAGUUGUCCAGACAUUGACUGUGCAGCCAGGCCAAGCAGCAUCCCAGGUUCAACCACAGGCCCAGCAGCAGCCCCCAGUGGUGCAGCCUCCUGUGAUGCUUCAAGUUGAUGGAACAGGAGACACUUCCUCAGAAGAUGAGGAAGAAGAAGAAUAUGAUGAAGAUGAGGAGGAAGACAAAGAAAAAGAUGGUGGGGAAGAUGGCCAAGUUGAAGAGGAGUCCUUAAAUAGCGAGGAUGAUGUCAGUGAUGAGGAAGACCAGGAGUUGUUUGACACAGAGAAUGUGGUUGUAUGCCAGUAUGACAAGGUACCUAAAACAAAUGAUGAUUUCCAUGCAGCAAAAUGUGGCACUAAAGUGAAAAAUAACAUCCUGAAAGACCAUGCAAUAGUUUGUCCCAGACCUCAGGGUAUUAUGGUUUAUACCAUUUAAUUUGUUCUGUUCUUUUAAUGUUCCUUCACUGAAUCUUGAUGUAAUUUCUGUCUGGUUGGUAUAAAAGCAUACCCAGAAUGUCAGAAUACAACAGAUGUAGUAUAAUUCCUUACACAAGGGCCAUGUGUGGAUGAGGUGGCUAAUGCAGUGACCUCAAAUGACUUGUCUUCAUUUUAGAUUCACAGAAGUAAGAACAAGUGGAAAUUCCACCUUAAAGAUGGUAUCAUGAACCUCAAUGGGAGAGAUUAUGUGUUCUCCAAAGCCAUUGGAGAUGCAGAGUGGUAAAGUAAGGACAAUGGACUUUUGAGGUAACAUCAAGACAUGGAUCACAAGGAUGUCAGUGGGCAUGGGUGACUAGGAAAACCAAUGGAUUUGCUUUAUAAGUGCACUGUUAUGUUGCACAACCAAACCUGUCUUAAGUGCUGAGUGACGAUCUCAACGUUUAUAUUAAUGACUUGCUUCAGUUCGCUGGAACCCUGAGGUGAGAGUGGGUUUAUUAUUUAAUAAAUUACUCAUUACCCAGCACUCUUUUUAGCAAGACGACAUAAACACUUUGAGCUGCACAAAAAUAGUACAUUACUUUAUCAGUGUUGUUUUGCAGUUGUCUACUGGAGUUGUCUGAAGUCUUCAUAACAUUUACAAACUUAUUUUAACAGAUCACACACACAGUUACCAUCAGGUACUACAGUUCGCCUGGGUGCUCCAUAUAUUGAGUGAGCAGCACCACUUUCAUAAAGUCAAUAUGUAGGCGGGGCUGUAGCAGUCGCUGGCUUUGGUAGGUCAGCAGUCAUUGACUCUCUCCUGUUUUUUAAAGAGCACCCUAAAACUUUUAUAUUUUGGCUUUUACAUUUUGUCUAAAGUGGGUCAAAGACUGUAAGCUCAUUUGGAUUAAAGCAUGAGCUAAGCAGCAGAAAUAAUAAUAAUAAUAAUAAUAAUAAUAAUCAUCUAUGUUGCCGUUAGUAUGGAUGAUGCCAGUUUGUGAUGUCUGUAGCUGCACCAUGGUUGAACAUGUGUCCAGGCUUUUCUGAAGCGAUGUUUGUCUCCACUAGUUUGCCAAAGUGCCAUGGUAGUUGAUGUGUUAAUGUGUUAGCAGCUGAAUUUUGCAUAGUUCGGUAAAUGAAUGCUAUUUAUUUCUGUAAGAAUUUAACAGUUGGGUGCUGAUAAGAAUGACUUGUACAGAAAUCAACCAAACUGUGCUCUUACAUUAUAUAAAUGUUCCUUUCAGUGUGUUUCCUUCACCUUUCAUGUGCAUCAUAUUCCACUCCUGUCAUUUUUCUGUGUUGUCUUGUGCUUUAAAUUUUCUUUAUGGAACAUUUUGUGCCCAAAAAUAUAUUGUUUUAAUGUGGUUUGUCUAGCAGUAGGACAUUAAACCUGAGGCUCUUUAACUUUCAGCAAUUCCCUUUAAAAUCACUGACCAGAAUUUUUAAUUCUGUACCUGGGAAAUCUUUAAAAUUUCUGAACUACAUGCUAAUAUUGGUACGUGCAGCGUUUUUACGAGUUCUUUUCUGGUAUCGAUAUGAAUCGUUACAUCUGUAUUUGUGAAUUAAGGGUUUGUCAGGAGAAUCAAGGACCUGAUGACUCUUCUGUUGUGAAUGUCAUAGGUAAAAUAGGACUGUCUGUUUAUGCCUUUUAUUUUUUAACAUUUGUCUCAGUACAAAAAUAAAAGCUUUCAAAGUGGAUCUUCUCAACACGUCUGUCUAACAUUGUGAUGCCCUGCUGUGUUUCAGCUGCAAUUGCUCUUAGAAGGGGGAUUAGUUUUGUACGAUUAUGUACCCUUUUUAAUCAAGACUGCUUUUUGUAAUUGCUGU